AUGGCGGACCUGGAGGCCGUGCUGGCCGAUGUCAGCUACCUGAUGGCGAUGGAGAAGAGCAAGGCGACCCCGGCCGCCCGCGCCAGCAAGAAGAUCGUCCUGCCCGAGCCCAGUAUCCGGAGCGUGAUGCAGAAGUAUCUUGAGGAGAGACACGAAAUCACCUUUGACAAGAUUUUUAAUCAGAGAAUUGGUUUCUUGCUAUUUAAAGAUUUUUGUUUGAAUGAAAUUAAUGAAGCUGUACCUCAGGUGAAGUUUUAUGAAGAGAUAAAAGAAUAUGAAAAGCUUGAGAAUGAGGAAGAUCGCCUUUGUAGAAGUCGACAAAUUUAUGACACUUACAUUAUGAAGGAGCUGCUGUCUUGUUCACAUCCAUUCUCAAAGCAAGCAGUAGAACAUGUACAAAGUCAUCUAUCCAAGAAACAAGUGACAUCAACUCUUUUUCAGCCAUACAUAGAAGAAAUUUGUGAAAGUCUUCGAGGCAGCAUUUUUCAAAAAUUCAUGGAAAGUGACAAGUUCACUAGAUUUUGUCAGUGGAAAAACGUGGAAUUAAAUAUCCAUUUGACCAUGAAUGAUUUCAGCGUGCAUCGGAUCAUUGGACGAGGAGGAUUCGGUGAAGUAUACGGUUGCAGGAAAGCAGACACUGGAAAAAUGUAUGCAAUGAAAUGCUUGGAUAAGAAGAGAAUCAAGAUGAAACAGGGAGAAACGUUAGCCUUAAAUGAAAGGAUCAUGUUGUCCCUGGUGAGCACAGGAGAUUGUCCUUUCAUCGUCUGUAUGACCUAUGCCUUCCACACUCCAGAUAAACUGUGCUUCAUCUUAGAUCUGAUGAACGGGGGUGACCUGCACUAUCACCUUUCACAGCACGGGGUGUUUUCUGAGAAGGAGAUGCGGUUUUAUGCCACAGAAAUCAUCCUGGGGCUGGAACACAUGCACAAUCGGUUUGUCGUUUACAGAGACUUGAAGCCCGCCAAUAUCCUCCUGGAUGAGCACGGACACGUGAGGAUAUCAGACCUCGGUCUUGCCUGUGAUUUUUCCAAAAAGAAGCCACAUGCGAGUGUUGGCACCCAUGGGUACAUGGCGCCCGAAGUUCUGCAGAAGGGGACCGCCUAUGACAGCAGUGCCGACUGGUUCUCCCUGGGCUGUAUGCUUUUCAAACUUCUGAGAGGUCACAGCCCUUUCAGACAACAUAAAACCAAAGAUAAGCAUGAGAUAGACCGAAUGACUCUCACCAUGAACGUGGAACUUCCAGAUGUCUUCUCCCCCGAGCUCAAGUCCCUUCUGGAAGGCCUGCUUCAGCGAGACGUCAGUAAGCGCCUUGGCUGCCACGGAGGCGGCGCACAGGAGCUAAAAACGCACGACUUCUUCAGAGGCAUCGACUGGCAGCAUGUCUACCUGCAGAAGUACCCUCCACCCUUGAUCCCUCCCCGAGGGGAAGUCAAUGCAGCCGACGCCUUUGACAUUGGCUCAUUUGAUGAAGAGGAUACCAAAGGCAUAAAGCUUCUUGAUUGCGACCAAGAACUCUACAAGAACUUCCCUCUGGUGAUCUCUGAGCGCUGGCAGCAGGAAGUGGCAGAAACGGUUUAUGAAGCAGUGAAUGCAGACACGGAUAAAACCGAGGCCAGGAAGAGAGCUAAAAAUAAGCAGCUUGGCCACGAAGAAGAUUACGCCCUGGGAAGAGACUGCAUCAUGCAUGGGUACAUGCUGAAGCUGGGGAACCCUUUCCUGACCCAGUGGCAGCGCCGCUAUUUUUACCUCUUUCCGAACAGACUUGAGUGGAGAGGAGAGGGCGAGUCGCGACAAAAUUUACUGACAAUGGAACAGAUUGUGUCUGUGGAAGAAACUCAGAUUAAAGACAAAAAGUGCAUUUUGUUGAGGAUAAAAGGAGGGAAGCAGUUUGUCUUGCAGUGUGAGAGUGACCCAGAGUUUGUGCAGUGGAAGAAAGAGCUGACAGAGACAUUCACGGAGGCCCAGCGGCUGCUACGGCGAGCCCCCAAGUUCCUCAACAAAUCCCGCUCGGCCGUCGUGGAACUCUCAAAGCCGCCUCUCUGCCACAGGAACAGCAACGGCCUCUGA